AUGCGGAUGUUCCAAUUCCGGAAAAUGCGGAUGUUCCAAUCUCUCAAACACAAUUUCAAAGAAUUGACCUUGAUUCUUUGGAUUAUGAUCCCGGAACACGCAAACAAAUAUGGGAAUAUCAUGUUAAUCAACGUGAUGAAAUUCGACGGGCUUACAUUCUGCAUAAUGGUUGAUGAAGCUCGUGAUGAGUCCAUGAAAGAGCAAAUGGCUGUGGUGUUUAGAUAUGUUGAUGCAGAAGGCUUUGUGAAAGAACGCUUUUUUGGGCUUAUUCAUGUUGUUGACACUACAGCUUUGACUCUAAAGAAUGAGAUAUAUUCUUUGUUAUCUCAAUAUUGCUUAGAUAUACAAAAUAUUCGAGAGCAAGGAUAUGAUGGAGCAAGCAACAUGCGAGGUAUGUGGAAUGGAUUACAAGCUUUGAUUUUGAAUGAUUGCCCAUAUGCUUACUAUAUCCAUUGUUUUGCACAUCGCUUACAAUUGGCAUUAGUAAAAGCAUCAAAACAAGUUGUUCCCAUUAGUCAUUUUUUUCUUACAUUGCUUUUUCUGAUCAAAAUUGUUAAUGCUUCUUGCAAGCGCAAUGAGCAAUUGAAAGUUGCCAAUGCUAAUGAAAUAGCACGUUUGAUUGAUCUUGAAGAGCUUGAGACUGGAAGUGGACUUAAUCAAAUUGGCACUUUACAACGACCUGGAGAAACACGUUGGAGUUCACAUUUUAGAUCAGUUUCUAGCUUAUUAAGGAUGUUUAGUUCAACUGUUGAAGUUUUACAAAAUAUAAUUGAUGGUGCAAUUGAUGGUGCAAUUGAUGGAGAAAAUCGGGCAGAAGGAGAAGAUGAUGGAUGGGAUGGCUUACUCACCACUGUGAUAUCAUUUUGUGAGAAGCAUCGCAUUGAUGUCCUGGAUAUGAAUGCUCGUUAUGUUGCGAGGCGAGGUCGAGCUCGUAAUCAACCAGAUAACGUUACAAAUGAGCAUCAUUAUCGAGUAAAUAUUUUUUAUGCUACAAUAGAUUCUCAACUACAGGAACUAAACUAUCGGUUUAAUGAAGAUGCAAUGGAGUUGCUUAGGCUUAGCUCAGCUUUAGAACCUCGAGAGGCAUUAAAAUCUUUCAGAAUUAGUGAUCUUUGUUUGUUGGUAAAGAAUUUCUAUCCACAAGAUUUCACAGAUUAUGACAAACAAGUGUUGGAGAAGGAGCUUUAUCAUUUUGAGCAUAAUGUAGUCCAAGAUCCAGAGUUCAAAAAAUUGAAAAGUUUAUCUGAGUUGUCUCAAUGGAUAUAG